CAUUUAAAAAAAUCAGUACAAAUUGAAAAACAUUUAACAAUUUGUCAACACACACGUUGCAAUUUUCCACUUGACAAUGUGCAUUAUCAGUCAGUCAGCCAGCCACCAACCAAUCGACCAACUAACUAACUGACAAGCACCAGUCAUAUUCAACGAUUUUGUAGUCCAUUAUUGGUGUUGUUGUACUUGUUUUUAACAAAUAGUGUAUUGUAAAUAGAACAGUGCAAAAGCUGCGAAAACCGGAGUUAUCCACCCGAUCAGGAGGACCAAGAAGCAGAGAAUUUUUCGAGGGGGCAUAAAUAGCACCACUCCAUGAGUGCGAACAACUACUCAUCCUUUCGAAAAAAUACAGUGUCGCAUUUGAAAAUCGAAAUGUCUUUCGCUGGCAUUUGGCGUAGCGGCCGAACACAAUUGUUGUACACAAUUUUAAUUGUCGUAUCGUUGUUGUCCUGUCGUUGCCAAGCUCAACAACCCAGACGUGAUGCAGAGUAUCCCCCACCGGCAAUUUUGAAAAUGGCAAAACCAUUUCAUGACACAUGUGUAGAAAAAACUGGCGUAACUGAUGCGGCCAUCAAGGAAUUCAGUGAUGGCGAGAUCCAUGAAGAUGAGGCUCUCAAGUGCUAUAUGAAUUGCCUUUUCCAUGAAUUCGAUGUAGUCGAUGAUAAUGGCGAUGUUCAUUUGGAGAAGUUAUUUGCAGCCAUUCCCGGCUCUUUGCGUGAAUUACUCGUAAACGCUUCGCAAAAUUGUGUACAUCCGGAGGGUGAUACCUUGUGCCACAAGGCCUGGUGGUUCCAUCAGUGCUGGAAGAAAGCAGAUCCGGUGCAUUACUUUUUGGUCUAAUUGAUGGACCGAGGGAGCGACAAUC